CUCUUUUGACAAAGGCAAAGAGGAACAUAAAAAAUUGAUAGAAAAUCUUACCAAGUACCAGCUCACAUUCACGAGAGAGAAAGAGAAAGGAAUUUUGGGUUUUCAAUUUCUCCAGUCUUUCUCUUUGCUUUAGCUUCAUCUUGAGAAAGGUAAGUCAAAUUCUGAAAUUACUUGCCACAUUUUUUAGUUUCAAGAUCUAUGAACCUCGAUCUGUAAAACCUUAAUCCUUGCAUUUAGUAAUCUGGGUACUUUUUUCUUGGGUCUUAAUAAGUAGAUUUAGUUCAUUGUAAGGGCUUUUAGUUCAUAAAAAAAUGUUGGGUCGUUCUGGGUUAUCUAGAACUGGAAGCUUUAGGCCAGAGAAUCUAGGACAAAAUGCUUUACACAUGAUUGGCAAUCUUUGUUUCACUAUAUUUGUAAUAGGUGUCCUAGUUUUCACUAUUAUUGCUGCUACUUAUGAGCCGGAGGACCCUCUGUUCCACCCUUCUACAAAGAUCACGACUUUCCUCACUUCCACAUCAAAUGCUACAUUUCAAUCGGACAACACUGUUGUUAGAACUGGAGAGGAUUUUAUGGCUGCCAACCAAACUGCGUUUGCCACUUUUAUCAAUGUGACAGAUGUAGCAGAAAUCAAGGAGGUGAGUACGGAUGAAACUAGUUCAUCUGGAUGUGAGGGUGAUUUGAAAAGACCACUUGAUUGUAAGGACCCAGAAGUGUUCCAUUUGAUGAUGAAAGUGGCAAUUGAGCGUUUCAAGGAUAUUCAUUUUUAUAGGUUUGGGAAGCCAGCUCCUGGCCCUGAGGAGAAUACUUGUGAUAUGGCUUGGCGGUUUAGGCCUAAGGAAGGGAAGACAGCUGCAUUUUAUAAGGAUUAUAGGCGGUUUGCGAUUAAUAGAUCAGAGAAUUGUACGCUUAGCGUAGUGAGCAUCGGGGAUUAUCAUUCAGGUGUGAAUGCAAGGAAAAAGAAAAAUAAGAAUCAAAAGCCUGGAUUUGAGAAGACAUCUGGUAGGCGGGAGCAAGGUGGUGUGUCUUUGCCUGUUGUUGGGGAAACAGUAAAUGAUUCACUUCCUGUGGUUGAGUCUGAAAAUGCAUUUAGACAUGGGAAAUACUUGAUUUAUGUCGGUGGCGGAGAUAGGUGUAAGAGCAUGAACCAUUAUUUGUGGAGUUUCUUGUGUGCUUUGGGUGAAGCGCAGUAUUUGAAUCGAACUCUGGUUAUGGAUUUGACACUUUGCUUGUCUUCAAUUUACACUUCGUCAAAUCAGGAUGAGGAAGGGAAGGACUUUAGGUUUUACUUUGAUUUUGAGCAUCUGAAGGAGGCAGCAUCAGUGUUGGAUCAGCAGCAGUUUUGGCAAGAUUGGGAUAAAUGGCAUAGGAAAGAUGGGUUGAGUCUUUAUCUUGUUGAGGAUUUUAAGGUGACGCCAAUGAAGCUUUCCGAGGUGAAGGAUUCUUUGAUUAUGAGAAAGUUUGGAUCUGUGGAGCCAGAUAAUUACUGGUACAGGGUUUGCGAAGGAGAGACAGAAUCUGUUGUUCAAAGGCCAUGGCAUCUGGUAUGGAAAUCAAGAAGGUUGAUGGAUAUAGUUUCAGCAAUUGCGUCAAGGUUGAACUGGGAUUAUGACUCUGUUCACAUUGUGAGAGGGGAGAAGGCGAGGAACAGGGACCUGUGGCCUAAUCUUGCGCGAGAUACCUCACCUGAUGCCCUUAUCUCAACCUUGCAGGAUAAGAUUGAAGAUGGGAGGAAUUUGUAUAUUGCUACAAAUGAACCUGAUACAGCUUUCUUUGAACCCUUGAAAGACAAAUAUCCCACUCAUUUUCUUAAUGAAUAUAAGGAUCUUUGGGAUGAGAACAGCGAGUGGUAUUCAGAGACAAAAAAGCUUAACAAUGGAAUACCAGUUGAAUUUGACGGUUACAUGAGGGUCUCUGUUGAUACAGAAGUUUUCUUGAGAGGGAAGAAGCAGAUUGAGACUUUCAAUGAUCUGACUAAUGAUUGCAAAGACGGUGUUAACACCUGCAAUGCUGCAGCCAGUUAAUCCCCUAUAUAUGAGCUGUGAGACUUUGUGGUUACGAAUAUCCACAUGCAUUUUUAGCUAUUGUCUUUGUUACCUUUAAUAAACUGUAUGCCCUUAUCUGUUAGUUUUGUCAUUGAGUGGCAUUUCUUGAUUUUUGUACUUAUAGAAUAUUAUUAUCAAUGUUUCAUGACUUGGCUUCAUUCUGAGGUUCUAGACAAAGUUGUUUUGAUCUACGGUGCCAUGAUAUAGUCUUGUGAUGUUUGCUUUUAGGAUUACCUUUUCAAAUUGAUCUUGGCUUUUUCAAGAAUGAUCUGUGGAUAUUAUGCUUUUGUCCAUUUAGCUUAGUAUGGUUAGUUUGUCAUAUUAGAAUCAAGAAAGAUCUAGAAAAACAAGAAAAGACAGAUUGAAAGGAAAAUAGCAAUUCAACUUUGCCAACUGCUAUAAAGGAAUGCUGAAAUAUGCAUUUCCUGAAUCUUAAGUUAAUCAAUGAUCAUAUCUCGUGAUUUUUCCUAUUAAAAGAAUAA